AUGUUGAGCUUUUUCCCGGUGCACAAGGAGUUUGAGGAUGUUGGGUGUGUUGGAAGCGGUCCGGAUGAUGUCGGCCCGGGCUACUAUGAGACAUUCAACCAGAGCAGUCUGGAUGCAUGCAAGACCUUUUGCAUCUUCAAUGUGGCCUGCGUUGGCAUUGAAUACAGCCACGAGUACAAUGAUCGCUGCCGGGUAUGGACCAGGCCGGAGGGUGUGGGUGGAACGGUGGAUUUGAUUGGCUACGUAUGCCUCAAGUACAACCACACGAUUUCCGAGGGCAACUAUUGCAAGCGCUUUGUGCGAGUACAACCCUGCUACGGCCUCGAGCACGAGGAUUGCUACAGGACUUUCAAGAAGUCUUCGCCGUUUGGGGACUUCCCCAGCGACUCCCGGCCAAAGCUGAGCAUGCUGGGCUCGUCUUUGUUGGGCUGCGCCUCCGCGCCCCAGCUGAAGGCCGUCCGUGCAGGCUCCCUUCGAAAGCUGGAGCCCAAGCGGACUACUGAGUUUCGCCGCGCCUACGAGCGAGGGGACCUCCCGCUCUUCCUGAGCUACGAAGGAGUGGGUCGCAAAGUGGCGUGGAAAGCACCUUUAGAUAAGCUCGACUACUUCCGCUACAUGCCUCUCCUGGUUGAAGGCCUCCGAGAGAGGGAGGAGCCCUACUGCUUUCUGGCCAGCCAGGGUCUUGCCAGCCUCCUGCAGCAUGGGGGGCCCAGGAUCGCGGCCACGGUGCCCCAGCUCGUGCUGCCCCUGAAGGCCGCGCUGAACACCCGGGACGAGCCGGUGGUGGCGCGCGUGCUGCUGGUGCUGCAGGCCUUGGUGCGCUCCUCGCCCGAGGUGGGCGAGGCCCUGGUGCCUUACUACCGCCAGAUCCUGCCGAUCUUCAACGUGUACAAGGACAGCACCACCGGCACAGACGCCUCCAUCGACUACAGCCAGCGGAAGCGCCAGAACCUGGGCGAGCUGGUGGAGGAAACACUUGAGUUGCUGGAGAGCAGUGGUGGAGAGGAUGCCUUCAUCAACAUCAAGUACAUGAUCCCCACCUACCAGAGCUGCUGCGUGAGAUGA